UCCUACUACAAAAUAUCAUACGUAUAAAAUUAUACCAAAUGUCCCUUCUUAAACAUACAAAAUUUUUCUAUAUAUAGUAUUUGAAAUCCUAGCUACGCUCACAUAGAAAUCCAACACAUCCGACGUAGAGAUGGAGGUAGUCGCAUCAACGGUGCGACUGCUGGCCGAUUUGCUGCUGCAUAAGAUAUAUUUCCUUCGAUCCGUCCAGGGAAAGGUGGAGCUACUCAAGGACGAGCUCAAGCGCAUCCAAUGCUACCUCAAAGACGCCAACCAGAAGCAGGCCGACAACGAAGGAAUCCGCAACUGGAUAUCCGAGAUCCGAGAGGUUGCUCUCGACUCGAGAGACGUCGUCGAGAUGUUCAUCCUCAAAGUCGAGAGCAAAUCCCGUCUCGGAAUGUUAUCCGCCAUCCCCAAGCACAUGCACUACGACAAAAAAGUAGGGAAAGAAAUCGACGCGAUCCAGGAACGGCUGCGGGCAAUCCACAGGAACCGCCUGAGCUACGGGAUCAGGGAUCUCGGGGAGGAUGUGGAAUCGGUUUCCGGAUGGAGAGUCGAAUCGCGGAGGCGGAUGCCGGUUUGGAAAAAGGACGAGCAUUUGGUGGGCGUGGCAGAUGAUAUGCAGAAGCUGGAAUCUAUUCUACAGGAAUCGAUUCUAGAUGAGGAGAAGAGGGAACUGCUCUCGGUUGUGGUCGUCGAGGGCAUGGCCGGGAUUGGGAAAUCAACUGUUGCUCGGAAAAUAUACAACGGUGUUGCUGGAAGAUUCGAUUGUCGUUGCUGGGUUGUGGUUUCUAGUGGGUUUGAUCCGAGGGAGACAGUUAAGCAGCUGAUCAUGCAGUUGCCGAGGUCGCCGCGGCUGAAAGAUGAAAUCAGGAAAAUCGAGAAGUCAACGACGGAUGAGAAGGAUCUUCUUGAAAAGCUUCAAGAGAUGCUCCAUGAACAGCUCAAGGGAAAAACGUAUUUCAUAGUUCUUGAUGAUUUGUGGGAGAAAGAACACUGGGAAGCUCUGAGACAUGCCUUCCCAGAUAAACAAGAUAAACCAAGUAGAUUACUAAUCACAACUCGCAACAAGACUAUUACAAAGUAUGUUAACUAUGCCCUCGAGAUGAAGGUUCUAGACCUCGACCAGAGCUGGGAACUGUUCAUGAAGAAGGCAUUCAUCCACACCGAACACCCCCAAUGUCCCGAAGAACUUGAGCCCAUCGGCCGAGAAAUUGUGGAGAAGUGCAACGGACUUCCUCUAGCCAUCACUGUGAUCGGAGCCUUACUAGUCGAACCACACACGAAGAGACGAUGGGAAGAGGUCUUAGAACAAGUGAACUCACAUUAUGGAAGAGCAGCAGGCAGCAGAAUAUCAACCAUUUUGGAGUUAAGUUACCAAAACCUGUCUCCCCAAUUGAAAUCAUGCUUCUUGUGCCUCGCAUGCUUUUAUGAAGACGCAAACAUCCCUGUGAAGCGGCUGAUCCAUAUAUGGGUUGGACACGGGCUAAUCCGUCAUGAAGGAAGAAGAACUGUGGAUGAGGUCGCAAGAGGCUAUUUGGACGAGUUGAUCGAUCGAAACAUGGUUCAAAUCAAGGAUUUAACCAUGGAUGGCCGUGUUAAAAACUGCCAUUUACAUGAUCUUUUCCGAGAAGUGUGUUUGGAGAAAGCGAAAGAAGAAUUAGGGUUUCAGAUCCUCGAGAAGGGGGAGGAGGAGGAGGCGAUGACGAGGAUGACAAAGCCUCGUCGUCGCAUUGUCUAUGGUAAGAACCUCGAUACGCUAUCGUGGGAUCAGACCCGCCAUCUCCGCUCUCUCUUCGUCAUCAAUUCCCACUCUGACGGCUUCAGCGAUGUCUGUGUGAAAACCCCAUUCCGUUUCUGGAAGAGUUUUCAGUUGCUCGAGAUACUCUACCUUGAAGGCGUUGGCUGGCGCGAUUUCCCUCGCUCAUUCCGCUCGUUGAUCGGGUUGAGGUACCUUAGAAUCCAGUCCGGAUCCGUUGAGAGGAUCCAGAUCCCCGGGUGGUUCGAUCACCUCGAAAAACUCGAGAUUCUCGAAGCUGGGAGCGAGAAUCUCGAGUUACCACACACCACUCCCGUGAUGGAGCGGCUGCGCUACUUCAGCGCAGCUCACGUCCAUGGACUGACAACGAUGGAGAACUUGAAACACGUGGAGACUUUGAAAUACAUCAGCGUAGACGACUUGCUACGGUGCAAGUCUCCCUCGACCUGUCCUGUUCGAGAACUGGGUCUGUUUCUCGACCAGGAGAAAGAGGGAAACGUGCUCAGGAGAGCGCGGGUGUCGAUGGAAGAGAUGACGAAUCUCGUGAAGCUGGAGCUGAUGUGGGAUCUGUGGCUGUCGAUCGAGCCAGCGAUGAUCCCUCAUCUCGCGGGCCUCGCGAAGCUGAAGCUGCGAGGCAGGAUGAGGAGGUGCCCGGAUCCAGACGUGUUCCCGCCAAAUCUUAGGUCUCUGACGCUCGCGGAGACGUAUUUAGAGGAGGAUCCGAUGGCGGAGCUGGGCAAGCUGCCGAAGCUAGAGCACCUAAAGUUAAUUGGCUACGCGUACUUGGGCGAGAGGAUGACAGUAUUGCAAGGGGGCUUCCUCGGCCUCAAAGGGCUCUCCAUUAAGGAUACGUAUUUGUUGAAAGGGAUUGAUGUGGAAGAAGGUGGAAUGCCGCAACUCAAACUACUCCGCCUCCGUCAUUGCCCGGCCUUGAAAACUAUGAAUUUGCCCCAACGAAUUCUUGCAUCAUUGUCAUCUACAUGUUGAUACUGUAAAAUUGCAAUGUUAUGAUGUCUUAGUUCAAAUGUUCAAUGUAUAAUAAGUAGUAGUACUAAAAAUAAUAUCAGCACCGUGCUUCAACGCUAG